AUGUCUGGGGAAAAAAUGGAUGUAGACUCACCGGCUCCUGAGCAGCCUGAAGUUGAUGUUAAACAUGCGGAAGAAAGAGCAAUGGAUGAAAUCGUUGCUGUCUUAUCAGAGAUUUCAAAGACUGCUUCCACAUUAGAUACUUAUUUUGUUUGGAGAGGUCUUAAAGAAGUUGGUACCUUGAGGAAGCAACAUCUAAAAAAAGAGAUCCUAUCAGCGUUAGUUCAUGUGUUGUAUCCAGAUGGUAGUGAUUUCAAGAUUCCAUUGUUAAAGGCCAUUAAUGAUAAUAAGAAGAGUAGCGUUAACAAAGCAGAUGAAAUCAGGUCUGGUUACCCAGCAUCAUUUUAUGAGGUGGUCGGUGAGAAAAAGAUCGAGGUAGCGGCAGAAGUAAACAGUUUUGUCCAUUUACUAGUGGUACUUUACCUAUUGGAUAGUGGCAAAUAUGAAGAAUUGGAAAAUUUCAAUAAGAAAAUUGUUAUCCCUAAACUAUUGGAAUUUUAUAACCAAAGGUUUCUCGAUCUAAUCAAUGCAAAAUUGUGGUUUUAUGUGGUCAUUUGUGAUGAAAAAUUGGGCAGAACUUCUGAUCCAGUUACAAGAGCUAAGAUGAUUAAAUUUUUCAAGACAGCCUCAUUGAAACAUGAUAAUGAGACCAAGGCAAUGCUAAUAACUUUAAUCAUGCGUAGUUUCUUAUCAGGAGGUGAAGUGGAAGCUGCAUCUGAUUUCGUUAAUAAGGUGGAAUUUACCCCAACAGAUGUUUCAAGUCCAGUGGAGGCUCGUUAUUAUUUCUAUUUGUCCAAGAUAAGCGCUAUUCAGCUGGACUACACAAGCGCCAAUGAAUAUAUCAUAGCAGCAAUUAGAAAGGCACCUAAUACUCCAAACAGUUUAGGGUUUUUGCAACAGGCAAAUAAAUUACACUGUGUCAUCGAGUUACUAAUGGGUGAUAUUCCUGAAUUAUCAUUUUUCCAUCAACCAAACAUGCAGAAGUCUUUGGAACCUUAUUACCAUUUAACCAAGGCGGUAAAACUAGGUGAUUUGAAAAAAUUUACCUUAGCAAUUUCCAAAUACAAAUCCAGAUUGAUCAAAGAUGGGAAUUACCAAUUGUACGUUCGUUUGAGAUCAAACGUUAUUAAGACAGGUAUUAGAAUUAUUUCAUUGACUUACAAAAAGAUUUCAUUGAAGGAUAUUUGUCUGAAAUUACGUUUGGAUUCUGAACAAACAGUUGAAUAUAUGAUUUCCAGAGCCAUUAGGGAUGGUGUCAUUGAGGCGAAGAUCAAUCAUGAGAAGGGUUACAUCGAGACAAGUGGAUUACUCAACAUCUAUGAUACCGAAGAUCCUCAAGAGGUAUUUGACCAAAGAAUUACUUUUGUCAAUCAAUUGCAUGACGAAAGUAUCAUGGCUAUGAGGUACCCUGAAGAUAACAAAAAUAAGAAUAAUGGAUCUCAAGAGGAUGAAUUUAUAGAUGGUGAGUUGCUUGAUGAUAUUUCGGACUUCUCAGACAUCGACGAUUUGGGAUUCUUAUGA